AUGGCCAGCACCAAGGUCAUUUGUGCUGCAUUCUUGAUUUUGCUUCUUGCGGAGCUAUCCAUUGCGGCCAGAUCACCAAAGGCCAUUAAAGCUAGCGCUGAUCGUGGCGGUGGCGGAGGUGGAGGUGGAGGGGGAGGUGGUGGUGGUGGUGGUUUAAAUGGUGGUUCUGGAUCAGGAUUUGGGUCUGGUAGUGGAUCCGGAUAUGGGUCAGGGGGAGCAAAUGGACGAGGCAGCGGCGGCGGUGGGGGAGGAGGUGGCGGUGGAGGCAAUGGUGGAUCUGGUUACGGGUCAGGAUAUGGAAGUGGAAGUGGAAGUGGAUAUGGCAGUGGAGGUGGCAAAGGUGGCGGUGGUGGAGGUGGAGGUGGAGGUGGGGGUGGGGGUGGAGGCGGAGGAGGAAGUGGUAAUGGUGGUGGCAGCGGCUCUGGUUAUGGGUCGGGUUAUGGCUCAGGCUAUGGCAGUGGAGGUGGAGACUAUGACUCACCAUGA